AGAAGCACAAACAAGGAAGACAGCAGCUGUGUCCCGUGCUGUCCAGACCCCCGCAGCCCAAACAUAAAGGCCGCCCCGGGGCAGGAGCCUCCAGAACUCACCGCGCUCCUCCCUGACUCCACUCCCACCCCACGCCACCAUGUGCCACACCAGCUGCUCCACGGGCUGCCAGCCGGCCUGCUGUGUGCCCAGCUCCUGCCAGACGUCCUGCUAUGUGCUCAGCCCCUGCCAGACGUCCUGCUGUGUGCCCAGCUCUUGCCAGCCGGCCUCCUGCACCCCCAGUUCCUGCCAGACGUCCUGCUGCGUGCCCGUGAGCUGCAGGCCCGCCCUGUCCGUGAGCUGCAAGCCCGCCGUGUACGUCGUCCCCUCCUGCCAGUCCUCUGUGUGUGUGCCCGUGAGCUGCAAGCCCCUCGUGCUCAUGGCCUCCUCCUGCCAGUCCUCCGGGGGCUCUGCUCCCAGGGCACAGGGGGCCACAUCUGCGCCCCUCCUGGAGGAAGUCUUCAGCACCCUCCGGGUUCUGCACAGGCAGAUGAAGAACAUGCCCAGUGGACCUUCGAAAGCCCAUGGAGCCUCCAGACCAGCCCCGUCCUCCACCCUGACUCCACUCCCGCCCCACGCCACCAUGUGCCAGUCCAGCUGCUCCACGGGCUGCCAGCCGGCCUGCUGCGUGCCCAGCUCCUGCCAGAUGUCCUGCUAUGUGCUCAGCCCCUGCCAGACGUCCUGCUGCAUGUCCAGCCCCUGCCAGACGUCCUGCUGUGUGCCCAGCUCCUGCCAGACGUCCUGCUGCAUGUCCAGCCCCUGCCAGACGUCCUGCUGUGUGCCCAGCUCCUGCCAGACGUCCUGCUGCGUGCCCAUGAGCUGCAAGCCAGCCGUGUGUGUGCCCAUGAGCUGCAAGCCAGCCGUGUGUGUGCCCAUGAGCUGCAAGCCAGCCGUGUGCGUGCCCGUGAGCUGCAAGCCCGUUGUGUAUGUGGCUCCCUCCUGCCAGUCCUCUGGGGGCUGCCAGCCCUCCUGCUCCACCCUGCUCUGCAGACCUGCCCCCUGCGGCACCCCUACCUGCUGCUGAGCCCACGGCCUCCUAGGACCCCUCCUCCAUGCGGUCAGGGGUAGCUGCUCUCCCAGCUCCUACCAGGCAGCCCAGACAUCACCCACUUCAGACCUUCCGGACCCGACUAGACCAGCUUACAGCAAAGCCACUUGAUCCCCGGUACCCAGGCGGAGAGUCGCCCCCAGUGUCUCUGGCUGGUGCAGGGUGCCCAGCUCUGCAGCCCCCGCACAAAAGUCUAAUAAAUUCCAGAGUGAUCUGA